GGGGCGGAAGCCGGGCCCAGGGAGCGCGAGCGGACGGAAAUAUAUCAAGUCUACAGGUCAAGACUUCAAGUGAUAGAGAAUCCACUGCAUCCCUAGAGCAGGAUGUUCCUGGUCGGACUGUCAGGUGGAAUUGCUUCAGGAAAAAGCACAGUAGUGGCAGUAUUCCGGGAACUGGGCUGUGCAGUGAUUGAUGCCGAUGUUAUUGCCAGACAGGUGGUUCAGCCCCGCUUCUUAGCCUAUCAGCAGAUAGUGCAUAACUUUGGAAGUGAAAUCCUCUUGGAGAGUGGAGAGAUAAACCGGGAGGCUCUGGGAAACAUUAUCUUCUCCCACCCGGAAAAACGGCAGCUGCUGAACGCCAUCACUCAUCCUAAGAUCCAGAAAGAGAUGCUGAAACAGAUCUUUAAAUACUUUGUGCUAGGCUACCGCUAUGUGAUUCUGGACAUUCCUCUGCUGUUUGAGACCAACACACUAACCAAGUUCAUGAAACACACAGUCCUGGUUUACAGUGAUCCGCAGACACAGCUGUCACGACUGAUGAAGAGGAAUGGCCUGGCCCAGGCAGAGGCAGAAGCGCGCAUCGCCUCCCAGCUGCCGCUUGAUGAGAAGUGCAAAUUAGCUGACCACGUGAUUGACAACUCCGGGGACUGGGAGAGCACGCGGAGGGAGGUCCUGAGACUGCACUCCCAGCUGGAGGACUCUCUGGAUUUCCUCUUGGUGCGCUUAGUGGCGGUCACAGCAGUUGCUGGAAUUGGUGGGCUGGUGUGCUUUCUCCUCAGGCAUUUUCUCUCAUAAUUCACUUUUUUUAAGGGACCAAAACGCUGCCUGGAAUUUCAAGUUUGCAAAGGGCAGUGAAAGGUCAUGAGCCUUAAUGGCUUUGCCGUCUGAAUACAGACGACAAGAUGAGCAGAGUCUCCUUGUAAACUUCUCAAGGUGAAGCAUGGAUUCCUUGCCAAUGCACUGACUCUGCGUCUUUCUUUUACCUUUUUAGUCCUGUUAUUAAUGAUCAGCAACUGCUGCAGGGGAGGGGGAGGGGGAGCUGUAAUGGAUGGAGGCCCCCAGACAUUCGGGUAUGAAGUAAUUGCACAGUUAGGAUGGACAUAUUAAAACCACGUUUUAGGCCAACUCAUUGAAGUGCUAGUCUACAGGGUGAAAGGAAUCUUGCCUUCAAUUUAACCCUGGGUGGAAUAUGAUUACUUAACAUGUCUGACGGCAGUCUGGUCCAGGCGUGGGGAUCUGGACUAUGGGGUUCUCUUCCCCCACUUCUCAGCAUCCUCAGCUCCCAAGAGCUGGCCCUAGAUGGUUCACUUGGACUCUAGACAAGUAAUUUCACUUCUGUUUCCUGGUUGUGAGAUUUAAUGAAUGUUUGCAAAGUGCCUUAAACCCCACCAAUGCAGGGCAUUGCAAAAUUGCAAGAGUUACUAUAAAACGUCGAUCUCAUGCCGUCAUUGUACAAGGUGCUUUGUUUUACCUGUGGUUGCAAUUUCCAGGCGUCAGAGUCUAAGAAAUAUUGUAAUGUUACCUGUGAGUCAAGUGAGCAAAGCCACAUGUCAGGCUGAGGGUGCUGCAAGGGUGUGUGUGGGUGUGUGUGGGGGUGUGUGUGUGUGGUCUAACCGCACUCUUCAAUGGUGUGUUCAGCUUGGCCAUUGCACUUGGUGGUGGUGGUGGGAGAGACCACAGCAGCAGGAGCACCUGCAGCUUCAGGGUUAUAAUAGUCUGCAGAGGGGCUUCCCUGUAGUUUUAUGGCCUGAGCAGGGACUUUCUCCCUGCCCCAAAUCUGUCUGUCCAGGUCUAGUGCAGGGUGCAUGAGGGGAGGAUUUGGUCCCUAACUCCACAAGAAUUCAUAAUCCUCCAGCUUGAGACAGGCCUGGCAAAUCAGCAGGGCACGGUGUACAAGCCCAGAGGAUGUAUUGAACCAGGUUGGACCUUUGGACUGUGUCCUACCUUGGGGGAGUGGCCAGUAGCUGACCCCUCAGAAAAUCUCUGGGCACCCACACACUUGUGCAGUUCUGAUUUAUUCUGGGGUCUCCCUACCUCACUCCCACAGUGAUCCCCAAGGCAAAAGGCUCCUUACCCCUGUUUUAACAUUGCCUCCUCAGUAUUGCAAUCCCAUGCUAGCUUCAGAGCAUUUCCAGGAGCUAGACACCUCUUCAGCAGGAUUUUCAGAGGAGAGACCCUCCAAGAGUGACUGCAAACUCCCUCCCUGCAGCCCGCUUCUGUGUCUGUUUGUUGGCACAGCCGCCUCAUCCGGUGCCAUUAUCACUGCCACUUCCCUCGUUCCUUUUUAACCUUUUUUUAAAAUAUCCUUUCACUCAGUCAAGUCUCCUUUGUACUACUCCAUUUUCCUGACUUUCUUACUAGUCCCGUUAGGGGAAAAUCUUUGAGCCCAAAUGUGACUGGGGUCCGAGUGGGGAACCAGCUGUGGUCACUCAAUUCGGGUGAACUGCAAAGAAUGGGGCAGACAAUCCCCAUAAAGCUAGUGGCUAUUCCAAUACCCAGCCAGCAUAAAACAGCUUCUUUAUUACCUUACUGGUUACGCAGAAGUCCCAAUAACACAGUUCCCUUAAAGUGAUCCAGCCUCAGGCCUCCAUCCAGGUACCCACAUCAAAUAUGAUGGAGAAUAUCUUAUUGCCCUUAUAUAAAUCCAUGGUACGCCCACAUCUUGAAUACUGCAUACAGAUGUGGUCUCCUCAUCUCAAAAAAGAUAUAUACUGGCAUUAGAAAAGGUUCAGAGAAGGGCAACUAAAAUGAUUAGGGGUUUGGAACAGGUCCCAUAUGAGGAGAGAUUAAAGAGGCUAGGACUUUUCAGCCUGGAAAAGAGGACACUAAGGGCAGGGGGGUAUGAUAGAGGUAUAUAAAAUCAUGAGUGGUGUGGAGAAAGUGAAUAAGGGAAAGUUAUUUACUUGUUCCCAUAAUAUAAGAACUAGGGAUCACCAAAUGAAAUGAAUGGGCAGCAGGUUUAAAACAAAUAAAAGGAAAUUCUUCUUCACACAGCGCACAGUAAACUUGUGGAACUCCUUGCCUGAAGAGGUUGUGAAGGCUAGGACUAUAACAGGAUUUAAAAGAGAACUAGAUAAAUUCAUGGAGGUUAAGUCCAUUAAUGGCUAUUAGCCAGGAUGGGUAAGGAAUGGUGUCCCUAGCCUCUGUCAAAGGGUGGAAAUGGAUGGCUGGAGAGGGAUCACUUGAUUACCUGUUAGGUGCCCCAGAGGGAGUGAACGUGGCAUUGGCCACUGUUGGCAGACAGGAUACUGGGCUGGAUGGACCUUUGGUCUGACCCGGUAUGGCCAUUCUUAUGAUGAAAAUUUCUGUAAAUCUUAUUUCAUCAUAUAAAAGAAGAAGUUCUGCCAAUCCCAAAGGAUCGGACACAUCACCUCCCACGUUAAUGAAUGUUUUAGGUCUUGCCCAAAUACACGCUACAGCCAAUUCUUAUUAACAAAACUAAAAUUUAUUAAAAAAUGAAAGAGAGAGUAUGGUUAAAAGCUCAGUAUACAUACAGACAUGAGUUCAAUCCAUUGAGGUUCAGAUUCAUAGCAGAGAUGGUGAGCUUUGUAGUUGCAAAGAGUUUCUUUAGAAUUCAGUUCAUAGGUUAUAGUUCAAUGGCCAAAUCUCAUAUUUAGGGCAGACCAGCAUAACUGGGACCUCAGUCUUGUGACUCAAACUUCCCUUGAAGCCUCAGGCAGAUCUGAGAUGACAGAAUCAGGACCCAACGAUCUUUUAUCCAAUUUCAUGUCCUUUUUGACAAGUUGGAGUUCAAAAUGUAAUUAGGAUGACUUUGGAGGAGGUCCAUCACUGGUACUUAGCUAAAGAAUUAACAUAAGGCAAUUUGCUUGUUCCUCCACCAUUCACAGAUUAUUUGCUCUACAUUUCAAACAGAGAUGAAUACCGAGAGAUCCUGUGUUUACAAUUCAUUUAAAUGCUAGGAUGUCCUUUUGACCUCUGAAUUAUCAGAAUACAGCAUAGGCAGGGACUGUUGGUUACAUUGUCCACCCUACUCAUACGUAUGUAAAUACACAAAAACACAAACAUUCUCUCCCCGCAUGUCUUUUGAUGGUUAUUUAUUUUGCAGGAUGUUUAACCCUUUCUAGUAACACCAGGCUGGCUCAAUUCUUCAUAAAGAAACUUUCUUUCAAUAUAAUAUUACCCACAAUGCCAGAGAAUAUGAGUGUGACGAACUGGGACUGUUCUUGCUGGGGUGUGUGAAUGCUGACAGAGGAGUGUGACUAGGAUGGUCUGCAUCGGGGGAUGGGAGUCUGCCCGAGGGAACAUACCUGAGCUUGUAACAUGAGAACCCAGGAAGGGGUUGGAGGCCAGGUGACUCCGGGGCCCGGGAAACUGAACAAAGGCUGUGGGAGGGGUCGCUGAAGGCAGAGUGCUGGAAGCAGGCUGGAGAGAUGGCUGGGAGGCAGAGAUGGCUCUGACCUCCCAAGGGGGGCUGGGCUGGGAUGCCCUGGGACCCCAAGCUGGACCUAACCGAGGGGGGCCCUGUUGUCUGUGCCUGCAAGACCUGUCUUGGACUGUAUUCCUGUCAUCCAAAUAAACCUUCUGCUUUA